UAUGGUUUCCGAGAGUUCUUUGGGCUUCCAUCCGAUAUCUUUCCUCGGAUAAAUGUUACAAUGUCACUAGAAAUUUCACUUUGAAUUCCAGAUCACUGUGAUUGCACUAUGCUUCGCUCACACUUUUGGAGUGACGAUUGAGUCACGAUUCAAAUACCCAGCCAGGUUCGAGGAUGUAGAAUAUGUUGUUCCCGGUUCUUCGAAAUCGCUGCAACGGGCAGUGCUUCUUAAUAAAAAGUUUAAAGCAUCCCCGGCUGAUGAGCAGGAGCCACUAAGGUCGCUCACUCGUAAGUACAUAAUGCUCCUCAACGCGGACAGCUCCCAGUCAAACUAUGGCGGUACUGAGGAAGAUGAUCUUGAAAUUGUUAGUCAACAGGCCGGGAAGACAGAAGAAUCGUUUCAUGCAUUAAUUCCCAAACCAGUAAUCGACAAAAAGCAAGUGUCAUACUUAGUGCAGCAACCGAAAAAAAAUUAUGCGAGUGUAAGCGGUCUUCAUACUGUUCCACAUGGAGUGUCGAGAGCUCGACAGGAGCAACUGAAGCAUGUUAUACAGGAAGUUCCGUCGAGUGAUACGAAUGAAGGUGCGCCUAUCAUAGCCUACCAGCUUCACGAGUAUGCAGAACCAAAAACAUAUAAAUUCAGAAAAGAAAGACAUUUUCGCGGCGAGAAACGCCAUCCGCACGCUGGUCGAAUAAAGGAGCCCUUCGGUUUCUCCAACAGCAAAGGAAGGACGACUAUAGUGAAAUAUACAACAAAUCCAGAAGGCGGCUUUAGAAUAGAAGAAGUUCAAUAGAUUUUGUAGUUAUUAAGCAUAAAACAAUCGA